GUAUUCACGCUAGGUUAACUUUGAAUGGUGGUGAAUGUUUGAGAGGCAACGCUUUAAAAAUGACGAAUAUCUUCGGUUGACAUUUUCGUAACGUGAUGGCAGAAUCGAACGAUAUUGUAUCCGUUGCGAAAUCUACAAAACAAAAAGAAAAAAUAUAUGCUGCAGUAUUUCUGAGCACUGUUGCAAGCAUUUCUGCUCUUGCUGGCUUUACCAGAUCACUGGCAGUAGCCAGGAAGCAAGAUCCAAAAUCCUUUGGAGAUGGAAUUUCUGGUAUCAAAGGAGCCCGUGAAACAGGAGCCUCAUUAGCGAUAAGAGCUCUUGGUUGGGGUACAUUUUAUGCUAUUACAGGAUGUGGUUUAUUUUUUUAUGGAAUCUGGAAGCUUUCUGGAGCUACUAAUGCAGAGGAAUUCAGAUUCAAAAUGGGUUCCAUGCUACCAAAAAUACCUAAGAAUGAUCCACCCCAAAGCAGGACAGAAUUCAAAGGCUUGACAGAUCUGCUACUGUACAUUUCUGAGGAAUGGGGACAAAAUAAGGGGGAAUAAUGCGAAUGCGCAUCUUAUUAUGACUAUGUACAUUGACCGCUGCUAAUAUAGAACAGCAUGCAAAUCGCGUAAUCAGUCGCGGAUCGUACGAUCGUACGAUCGCGAUUACAUAUGAUUGCAUAGGUCACGCACGGAUGUACCGCAUGUACGAGAGCAUGAAUAAUAAAUAUUGGAUGGCCCGCAAAUCGUAUGAUGCCGUAAAUUAAAUCGUCGCGAGUUGACUUGUAGAAGAGAAUUUUGUAUAUUUAUUGAACUUAUAUAUUUAUUUAAUAAAAAUUAUAAAACGUUAUUACUUUCUUCAUUUUACGAACAGAAUAGUAAUGCGUUCCGAUGCAUCCGAUAUAAAUUUUUUUUUAUCAUGUAUGCGUGAUUACAUUGACCAGAGAAAAAGAUAGUCGAUUUUAAAAUGAGCUAUUCCUCUUUGAGGUUUUUUUUCCGUGAUGAUUUAAUUCUAUUCGUUUUUAUUUGUGAAUUUUUGUUCGAGAUCGCUAAGUUUGCAUUUAUAUCUGAUAAAUUUAAAAAAAAAUUGUUGACUUAUGGAACAUUAUUUAUUACAUUGAUUUAUUGAUAAAAGAUAGAUUUGUAGAUAAGCUUAUUUUAGUAAAAUCACGUAUGUGACAGAGUGCACGUUUUGUUAGUAAAAAAAGAAGUCAUUUAACAAAUUUAGUAAGCGUGGCGAUAAUGUUACAUGAAAAAAAGAUUAUACAAACUUGCUAUCUGUGCAAGAUAGAUCACGUUAAAGGCACGUGAAAUUUGAUAUGCAUGAAAAAUAAUAAAAGAUACAAAA